ACUUUCUAGGUGGAGGAACUGAAGAGGCCUCUUCACCCCAGGCCUGUUGAUUCUGAGGAGGUUUCUAGAUGCAAUGAAGGCAUCUUUUUCAUCAAGUGUUUCUAAAUAUAACUCCAAUGGUAGGAUCAAAGACAUGCACCAUCAGUGUCAUAUCAUGGAUGAAAAUGUAGAAUUCAGUUUACCUCAUAUGAGUCAGGAAGCCACAAUGCUGUCAAUGGAAGACAUCAGUAAACUUGACAAAGAAAACCUCACCAGUGAAAGCAUGCCAGAAUGGGAGGAGAAUUUGGGUCUUCAUCUAUUUCAGUCAGCUGAGAACAGCCCCUUUGAUUUUGGGCUGGAAACAGAGAUGAAGAGCCCCACUGCUAGACCAGUAGAAGCUGCACCUUGCACACCUGUGAAGGCUGCCCGGUCUGCUCCAGUGGAUUCAGAUUCAAUUGUCAUUGUUUCCCAGUCCGGCAACAGCCUGUGGGUGAUUUCUCCUCGUCAUGCACUGCAACAAAGAUCUGCUGCCAAGGGAUGGGAAAAGAAGCCCAAUAGGAAACUAACAAUGCAUGCUCCAAACAACAAAACCUUAUUGUAUGGUGGCAAGCAGACCUUUGCAUCUAUGCAAAACCAACCACGCAUGGUGUCUAUUCUCAACAAGUCACAUGCAGCAGCUUCAGCUCAGCAGCCUCGAGUUGACACAGCUGGGAAGACAAGGGUCAUACGGCAUAGAAAGGAAAGACCCCUCCAUAUGAAAUCCCUGGGGUCUGCUCAGGCCUACCAAAAACCCAACCCUGAGUUUUGUGCUUUGGGGAAAAACGAUGAGGAAGAUUUUGUGUCUGCUCUUCUUCAAUGUGAAAAUCCAUCGUGGCCUGAUUUUCCUGGCGACGACAAAUUAACCUGUGAUCUGGAUUUUAUGGGGAAUGGAUAUGACUCAUUUGUGAUGAAUGGAAUCGAAUCUACUUUGGGACUGGCAGAUGUGUUUCCUGAUGUUGAGCUGAUUACAGAGGGGGAUUCUUCUGAAGACAUGUUCAAGGAUGCAAUUCAAAACCUGGAUUUGCCCUUGAAUCCUCCUACACCACCAGAGGAGAAUGAAUUGAAUAUGUGUGCCAUGAAUGACAGUCAGCAUGCACCUGGAGAGUUCGCAGAUCGAGCAACUGUGGAGGUCACUAGAGCACUGCAGGAGCUUACUGGAUAUUCUGACUUCCCUGAGCUUGAUGGAACUUCUAUUUUCAGUCUCACUCCCUUUGAGAAAAGGAUACAAGCAAUUGAACCACAUGUUAUUGCUAAUGAUAUCCUUACUUUGCAAGUGCCAGAUGGAUUCCUUUCAUUGCAUCAAUCUACUGCUAUCCUGGAUGCUGGUGAAGGAGGACAGUAUGAUAUGGGAAAAGUUUUGGAGGGAACUGUAGCUUGUGUUUCUUCUAGCAAGAACAUAGAAGGCAGUGUUUCACAGUCUCAAGGGGUUGUAUCAGUGAUUGAUCAAGAAAUAGGAACUGAAACUCUUGUUUUCUCUGGGAAGAACAUGGAAGGAAGUGCUUCCCGUUCUCAAGUGAACACAGUGAAUAAUGCUGAAGACUUUUUUCUCAUGGUAGAGGCUGAAGUUGAGGUGGAAGAUUUACCUUCUGAGCUGGUGCCUAUAUCCACUAUUGGGAACAGUUCCAUUGCAGUGAUCAACAGUACUCUUUCAGUGAAAGAAUCCUGUGAGAGUGAUUGUAGUAGAACUUCACAAGCAAAUGAAGUCCCUGAAGUGGAAGUCAAGGAAGAGAAUCUGCCACUAGAGGAGAAUGUACCAGUCUCCAGCAUUGUGUUCAACUGUAAGGAAAUGGAAGCACUGUGUGAUUCUAUUGACAAAGAUGAUCUGGUGAAGGAAGUUGUGGCUGCUAUCCCAUGUGAAGCCAAAGAAUUGGGAAAUGGAUUUAUAGAUGAUCAUGACCUGAAAGAUUUUCCAAUACAUACUGUCCUUACUCCACCAGCCUCCAAUGAAGUCUCUAGAAGCCCACUGGAAGAGCUUGGAAAUUCCUCUUCAUUUAUGGAAAAUGGAAAGGAAAAUCUUCCAGCUGGUUCCUCCACAUCUGGGAAAAAGAAGUUGAAUUUGCAGCAGUACAGGGAAAGAAAGCAGAAAGGAAUUAAGGCUUCAGGUGCUAAGAGUGAUCACAAUUCUAGUCCAGCCAAGAAUAGGGCAACAGCACAGAAUGAAUCGAAUGUGGAAGUUGUUGCUCCAAAGCCUGAGCCCCUGCAAUUGAAGCAGGAAACCCAGUCCAUUACACCUGAACAUGAAAAUGCCAGAAAUGCUGAUUGUUUAGCAGUGAAGAGAGAACUGCCACGUCAGCGCUCCCUACCUCGAUCUUACCAGAGGCCAAUAUGCAAGGAAAAGGUAUUCCAGGCGAGCAUCUUCUCGCUCUUUGUCCCGGUCAAGGUGAGUAUUGAUGAGACUUGUGCUCUUUACAAUGGGUGGACUGGAGUCGAACCAACUCUGGUUGUUCCUCAAGGUCAAAUUCUGUAUAUGGAACAAGGUCAAGAUCUAUAUCUCUGUCUCCAGAUAGUUCAAGAUGCAGUUCUCGAUAUGGAUCAAAGUCCCCGAGAAGAUCAAUUUCUAGAUCUCGGUCUCCUUACAAAGGUCACCGAAGAAAACUUAUCCCUUUGGGGCCAUGGAAACAUUGACAGGAAAACAUAUGGAAGGGUUGAGGAGCGAAGGGUCAUCUACGUGGGUGGAGUUAGAGAUGGCUUAACACGCUCUGAACUGAGAGAGCGAUUUGCUGUCUUCGGUCCCAUUGAGGAUGUCAGCAUUCACUUCCGAGAUUAUGGGGAUAAUUAUGGCUUUGUGACUUUCUGUCAUUGCCGUGAUGCCGUUGCUGCCAUCGAACAUGGCAAUGAUGAUCCAACAUUACCAAGAUAUGACAUCACUUUUGGGGGAAGGAGAGAAUUCUGUGGAAAAUCCUAUGCAGAUCUAGAUGCUAUGGAAGAAUAUGAUCCUAUGAACAUGCCAGCAAGUGCACUUCCACUACAGCAUUCUUCAUGUGGCUAUUACCCACCAGCUAAGAUGGAUUUUGACACACUUCUGUUCACUUUCAGACGUUUGAAGGGUCCUUGAUGCCAGAGAAAUCUAGGUUUCAAAUUCAGCAUCAUGUCCAUGCUUUUUGGACUUAGCUGUAAUUUUUGUACUGAUCACUUGGUCUACCUGUGGUUCCCUCCUUCAGAGUUGUUCUUGUAAUGUUUUACUCUUAAACAUUGGUUUUAUAUUUGUUAUCUUCGAGGAACAUGGUCUUGCUUUUCAGAACAUGGGAGAUGGUUGUGUGGGUUACCCCGUCCGAGUUGAUAGAAAUGCUAGGAAUAGUGAUACAGAGGAGUUAAUCCUUACACUGGAAUACAAGAAGUUAGUGUCAAAGAAAUGUCAGUCCCUGCAUGAAUUGCCCUGGUUCAUCCAGGCUUGAUCCAAAGAAACCCAAGCAUUUCACAUUAUUACAUUAUCUUCCACACUUUGUCCUUGUCCAAAUCCUCUGCAGCCAUCACCCAGAUAGUUAGUUCCUGUAGUUUGUGGCAAUCCUUUUUUUUUUUUGGGGGUGAUCUCUCAUAGCAAUUCCACAGCAAAUCAGCAUGUAAGCUACCUCUGAGAGGACCUCCAGCCACAUAUUUCUGAUCUCAUUUUCUGCUUCUAAUGUAUCUAAUAUAUUUUGUGCAUUUGUUGCAGUUACCAAGUUUGCAUUGAAGUUGUCAUAUUAAGCGGAAAAUAAUUUUGAUGCUUUUUUUUCUUGUUUGUCUGUCUGUGCCUUGACCUGUACCUGCAGAUCCAAUGGGAAAUUUUCCCAAUAUCCAAUGCCUGACAUUUGUAAUUCAGAGUCUAACGAAUUCAAAGCAAACUUUGUAUCGAGCUUAUCAGAAAUAGCCUUUUGUUGAAUAAUUUUCCUGAACCACAUGUGCCCAUUGUUCCCAUAGAGAUGAGCUUCUCAACAGGUUUAUCUGCAGUUUGUGAGUGCCAUCACCCCUUGACCCGUGUUUAAAGUUGAUAGGCAAAAUUACAUACAGUUCCUUUAUUUCAGAAGCUCCAUGUGCUAGAUUACAGUUUCACCAAAGGGUCAUAAUGCAUAAAAUGUCGCAUUUUUGUUCCAUGGAUGUUUCAUACAAUUGAACAUGUUGUUUAUAUGUACCAAAAGUAGAAACCUAUUCACUGUUAGCUGUAUUAUUGUUGUCUGGCCGGAGAUUUGCUCAAUGGUUUCACAUAAGGUAAGCUAGGUUUCUGUAGUACUUUGACAUGGGUAGUUGAUUUGACUAGUGCAUUACAGUUUUCACUCCUCAGUGUGAAGCAUCUAGGCACGAAACUCGCUGGGAAGCAUGUACUUUCCAGUUCAGGAAAGACUGCCAAAGUUGCUUUUUACCCCUCGUUGACCCCCCCCGAAUGUUCGCGUUUUAAGCUAGGUCGAAGUGUUGCGUGCCGAGUGCAUGUCUCGAGUUGAUUCAAGUGCCUCUCUCGUUUCGGCGUUUUCUUCCCCAGCGGAACCCUCAUGGGUGCACUGUGCCGCAUCGCAAUGCUGCAGCCUUUGCCAUACUCUGUACAUAGAUACUUCUGCCCAUUCCCCCCCAUUUGUUGAAUGUGAAAGCAUGUAUUCUAAAUUUUCAUCGCUGCGAUGUUCUGAAUGUCUCGAAGACUCCUGCGCUCUUGCUCCGUCUUCGAGUCGAACCAUUCCCUCUUUUCUCACGGCCGGGAUCUUCUCGUCGAUGAAUCCUUUGUGCCGAAAUGCUUCUUUGGGUGUGAAAUAUGUUGUCGGUUGGGAUCGUUGGGAAUUCGGCAUUUGCCAUUUGUCUGUGUUUUCCCCAUUCCAGAUGGGGUUAUGAAUGGAGCUCAUCUCAAUUGGGAUCGUCUAACUGUGAAUAUCGAACUCAGUCGACAGAGAAGUAGAAACUGUGCCUCGUUUUGUUGUGCUAAAACAGGAGUACGCUAUUUGAUUUUUUUUUCUCUCUCUAUGGAAUAGUUCCAACCAGGGCUUUGGAGCAGAUAAAACGAUGGACCGGCUUCAGCUGAUAUCCUUUCCUCUCACUUUACUCCAAAUUUUGGUGCAGUUCCUGUAAAACCGUUUCUCAUUUAUCUGUUGGAAAAUGUAGAUGAAAGCAUAUUCUUCCCGCAACGUCGACCAUGCCAUGUUCCAGAUUAAGCUAAAGUAAUUUUUUUUUAAGCAUCUGACAUUUAUUUGCAGUGCCAAACAUGAAAUCUGCAUAUCGUUUGACUUUUCGUGCAGAGAAAGAAAGUAUUUUUGGUAGGAAAAAAUCUCGCUAGGGUCGGGGCCCCGAUUCCGAUUCGGAUUCCCUCCGCCCCUUCCCGUUUUCAUACGGUUUUAGGCUCGAGUCGGUUCAAGGCCCUGGUUCCGACGCGUAAUUCCAUCGUUGCACCGGAAGAAUUUAUAAGUGUUUUUGCUCAAUAUUCAUAAUAAACCAAGAUGAGCCUAUUUUGGCUACUCCAGUCG